CUUUGUUGAUGUGCGUAUUUGUUGCCGUUGUGUGUAUAUAGACCAAGGUACAUAUCUUGCGGGAGACAAUCAUGCUUUUCUCUUGUUGUAUUUGGAAUGCUUUCAGCACUGAAAUACAUCAUGAGGCGCAACAUAGGCAAGGUUCGUGAUACUGUUUCAUACUAGUGUGGUUCCACGAGUUAACAAACAUUGUUACUUCUGUUGCCCUUCGAUUCACCCGCGGCUCAUAUGCGGUUUUUAAUCCCCAUCUUCGUAGUGUGUAGUCUGUCUUGAUUCUCGUCCGAACCGGAAGCUGGUGGCCUGCCAACCUGAAGAUAAGGCUAGUCAUAUUCAUCUGACAUGUGUUGACUGCUUAGAGAAGCACAUUCGUACCUGCUGCGCCGAGUAUUACGUAGGGAUUUGUAAAAAUAGCGAAGGCUAUACCCUCUGCCCCGCUGUGAAUGAGUGUGGUUCCAAACCGUACUCCUUCAAUAGGCUAUCACAGGUUUUGAAUCCGUGCAUCAUGGCCAAUUAUCUGGAUUCUGUCAAUUUCUUCAGGACGACGAUUGCAAACUCCAGUGAGACAUCUGGCGCUGCUGCUGUUGCAAGCUCGGACAGGAAAGAGUGCAUACGUAAACAUGUGCGACAUAUACAAGAAGAAAUACUGAAUCUUCGCUGUCCGAAGUGUAUGCAGGUCUUUACCACAUUUGAUGGUUGUUUCGCUUUGCAUUGCCAUAGGUGUCAAACAGGUUUCUGUGCAUGGUGCCUUGGAGAUUGUCAUCAUGACGCUCACGGCCAUGUUAGUAAUUGUAUUCGCAAUCCAAAGCAUGGGACGAAAACUAACCAUCAGUACUUCAACACCAUCGAAUGCUUUGAACAAGUACACAUCAUGCGGCGAGGGAAAGCCGUUGUGCAGUACGUUGCGAAUAUAGAAGACAAACGAAUUGCACGCGAAGUAGCCGAAUCGAUCAAACCUGAAUGCAAACGCCUCGGAUUUAGUUUGGAUUACGCGGCUAGUGAAGAAGCAUUGAAGUCCGUGAUGCCAUGAACGAAUACCUAUUUACAGAAAAAAGAUUGCCACAUCGAACGGGCGGGAGUAUACAAAAUAUCCGUGAAGGGGGAUGAAGAGACCUGUCGAAGAGAUGCCAUAUACUCUUGAAUACGUAAAAGUAAUUCAGCAGCUAUUAAAAAUCUCACAAAAUAUGAUGUACGUCCGACACCUCUACAAGAGACGGCGUUAUUACCGUCAUGAUCUGAUUUCAAUUUUGCAUUUGUACAUGCCAGUGAUACAACAAAUAAAGU